AUGGCCUCUGAUGCGGCUGUUGGCUCGGGCGGCCUAGUCACGGCAAAGACGGAUGCCGCCGACGUGCCCUACGACGUCCCCGACCAGUAUGAGAACCUCGACGAGGUGGCCGCGACCGGCGACACGCUCGACGACAUUCGACGCGGCGAAGCACAGCAGCAACAGCAGCAAACCCCGCCCGAAGAAAAGGCCCAACAAGCCUAUCAGGUCUCGCGCCUGGCCACGCAGCUCUACACGCUCUCCUACCUCGUCUUCUUCUCCUUCCUCGGCACCCUCGCGCGCGUCGGCCUCUCGCACCUGACGACGUACCCCGGCGCGCCCAGCAUAUUUCCCACGCUGUGGGCCAACGUCGGUGGCAGCUUCAUCAUGGGCUUCCUGGUCGAGGACCGCAAGCUGUUCCGCCACGAGUGGGGGACGCCAGCCUACGACCAGGCGCUCCAGCGUGCGCGCCGCGCCAAGGCGGCUGCCGACGAGGAAAACGCGGGACGCGCACGCAGCAGCAGCAGCAACAUCAGCAGCAGCAGCAUUGGCCUCGCUGCGGCGAAAAAGGCGCAUCUGGCAACGAAAAAGACGAUUCCGCUGUACAUUGGUCUCACCACGGGCUUUUGCGGCAGCUUCACCAGCUUUUCCACGUUUAUCCGCGACGUUUUCCUCGCGCUGUCCAACGACAUGGUCAGCCCGGACCUGCACGGCGCGGCGCCGGCUCAUCGCAACGGCGGUUACUCCUUCAUGGCCCUGCUCGCCGUCAUCAUCGAGACGGUCGGGCUGUCGCUCGGAGCCUACAUCGCCGGCAUGCACCUCGGCGCGGCGCUCGAGCCGUACACGCCGUCUAUUCCGUUUCGCUUCGCGCGCGGCGUGCUCGACAAGCUCGCCGUGCUGCUCGGCUGGGGCUGCUGGCUCGGCGCCAUCUUGCUCGCCAUCUUCCCGCCUCGUAAUUACUGGCGCGGCACGGCCGUCUUUGCGAUUGUCUUUGCACCUCUCGGCACUCUCGCGCGCUUCUACCUCUCCAUGCUGCUCAACGCGAAGCGGCCCUCGUUUCCGCUUGGUACAUUUGCGGCGAAUGUGCUCGGGACGGCGAUCCUCGGCAUGGCGUGGGAUAUUGCGCACUCGGCGGGCGCGGGGCGCGGCGUGCUCGGGUGCCAGCUGCUGCAGGGCGUCGAGGACGGCUUCUGCGGGUGCUUGACGACAGUCUCGACGUGGGUGUCAGAGCUGUGCAGUCUGCGGAGGAGGAGCGCGUACGUCUACGGCGUUGUCAGCGUGGUGCUGUCUACGGCGCUGAUGAUUGCCAUCAUGGGCGGUCUGCGCUGGACGCGGGGCUUUGCGCCGCUGCAGUGUCAUCCCUAA